GCUACCACGUACCCUUAACGGGAAUCUCUUUUUUUAUUGUUUUUAUUUACCUUUCUUCUUGAAUUCAAAGUCAAAACUUGUUGGGAACCAAAAGUAAAUUCAUGGAAAACCAUCAACUGGGAGUCCUACAAAAGGAGGUCUGUCUUGUUCAUGCCACUUUUUCACCGCCCUUUUGCACCUGUGGGCCUGUGGCUGCUGCUUCACUUCUCCAUAAAUUCUACCCCUUCGAAGUGGUACUCUUUCAAUCAUCCCUCGGAGAUACCCCUUUGAUUGGAAUCUUGGGAAAGUUGUGGUGCCUGGCGGUUCUCAAUCAUAGAAAGGUAGGCAGGGAAUAAUAAGCAAUGGACAAUAGGUAUGGCCUAUUAAGGCAGUGCAGUGGAGUUUGGAGGGCCUUGAGAGAUGGAGACUUUGAGGAAGAAGAUGUUUGGGAGGUUCUAAAAGAGAGGAACAAUGGUAAAGACAUGGCUACUGGAUCCAAAAGUUCCAUGUUUCUGUAGCAAGGCACCUCCCAACUGCUGCAAGAAUGAUUCCAAAACCCAGCAGCCACAAUUACGCCAGUGGCAGCAGCUGCAGCAGCAGCAAUACUACCAAUCAUGAAGCCAAAAUUGUGCAGCAAUCAGCACCUGUCAACAUUCCUGAUUGGUCCAAGUUGUACGGUCAGAAACCAAACAAGGCCUCCAAGAAUGUUUCUUGGCGAAAAUAUGAGGGCGGUGACGAUGAUGAUGAAGGCAGGGAUGAUGGCGGCAGAGAUAGCAGUGAUGAUUAUGAGG